AUGGUCGUACUGACAGACCCAAACCUCCUCGAUCCCCGUCACUAUGAGUCUACCGAGACCACCUGCGCAAACAGCAUGAGCAUGAGCAUGAGCAUGAGCAUGAGACCUGUGACGAAGGUUUUCUUUCCUCCACGUCGUGAGAGCGAUCGGAUGAUGGUUGUCCAGGUCUGGUUCAAGAAGCAUUGCCGAGUGACUUGCGGGUUCAGAAAGCGGAGCACCACCACCCCCGACCCUCCAUCGCCAGCAUCGCCAACAACGUUUCCAUGUCCUCCAUUGCCCGUGUUGCUGGCGGCAGGAGAUCGCGGAGUCGUCAUGUAA